AUGGCGAAAUGGUUGCUCCCCGUGAACCAUCAGCCCCAGCCGGGGUCCGUUGGUAAGAAAUGGGAUAGGGAGGCACUGCUUCAAUGUGGAGCUAUAGGCACAACGCAGAAAUGGCGUCUCAAUCUUGAAGGAGAGAUUCAUCCGGUAUUUGCAAACUGGGCAGACACAAAGCAAGAACUAUUCCAAGAACUACGGCAGCCUCUCUUGUUGGCAAGCCGACUUGUCGAACACGCCGGUCUGGAGUGGAUAUCGGAUUUUCUGAUUGACGACAUCUUCAACGAACAUUACCCUGGAAGAGAAAAAUGUUCAUGCCCCCAACCUCAAUGUGAGCAGACAACGUUGCAGACGAUUGUCCGACACCACCAGGCCGAUUGGGCAUCCGAGGAACUCAAGAGGAGCUGGGUCAUUGAGGCGUCAGAAGAGCUAAAAAGGGGCCUUUCAAGGUCGGUAGAAUGGCAGCUCGACGCCGAUAUGUUUCAAAAGAAGGGUUGGGUUGGAUAUACAUGUCGCCAUCCGAGGGGCAAUCUCGCCCUUGACGAGCUCGAUGCGCGCGGUACUGUGGAAGAAUGGGAUCAUCGUGCCAAGAGGGCGCACCGCAAAGAACGCAAGUUGACACUGCUGGUCAUGGCCGAGUUCCCCAAGAGGCUCAAGGAUCUUCCCAAAGAUGGUGAGGAAUACAUACUGACGGCAUUCAUGACUGCCAUCACAUUAGUGCAUGAACUUGGUCAUGCCAUCUUCUGGAGAGACUUUCGGUCGCUGAGUCGAGGUAUGUCGGAGCCAUUCUACGGCGCAGAUCUAGAAAUGGAACUGGGCAGCAGCCUCAUUGCCGAGAUCUUUGGCGGUUGGGUUCCUGUACCCAUCAGCGACCCUGUCAAGUUUAGAGAAGAGCCGACUCUGAAAGCGGGUAUUGCUUGGCGGCAGCACUUGAGCUGGAAACAUCACAGGAUGAGGCCAAAAUAUAGAGCUCAUUACUCGAUUCCAGUAGAGUAUGUUGCCAAGCUCUUUACGCAACAAACGUGGGACAGAAGCGACAACCUUGGGUCACACAUUAAACCUCGGACACUUCUAAAAUGCAACAGCAAGGUUGGCGUGGAUCAUAGUGUUGAGCAAGAGAGGACUCAUGCAGCAGCGGCACUGGCAGAUUUCCACAUUGCCGGCGAAGGAUGGCGGUGGAAUGGAAGGGAAGGAGCACCAUUCCGUAUCCUUCAAUAUGACGGAUUUCUCUGGCCCGACCUUGAUUUGCCCGUGGCCGUCGACGAAGCCAUACACGAAGCCGAAGCGCCGGACCCGAUUCUUCUGCGAACCCGAGAGACCAAGCCGUCUACUUCACCUCCCAAGAUGGCAGCAGUCAGACGCCAGCACUCGCGCAUCGACAGCAUCCUCUCCGUGUCGUCCACCGACUCAAGCCCCAGCCUGAGCCCUGUCCGAGCGCCGAGUCGUCAGCGACUACCGGCCAGCAGAUUAUCACAGGCGCAUUAUCCCGUCCAGCGACUCAGCAGCAUCAACGUAGGCAGCCCUCUACAGGGGAAACCCGAGAUUACCGUCGAUGAGCUGAAGAAGCGGUUAUCUCGUCUAAUUGGUGUCUCUCUCGAGGAGAUUGAUGUCUUCUUUGCAGGCUCAUAG